AUGCCUAUUUUACCAUUAUUGGAAGAAUAUGCAAAAGGGAUUAUAGAGUCAAGGAGUGAAGACUCUAGGUUCUGUCAUGUGACAGCUUGUGGGAGUGGAGAGUUUGAAGUCAGGGAUGGGCAUGUGAACUUCCCUGUCACACUUGGGAACAAGACAUGUGGGUGUGGGAAAUGGCAAGGUUCAAGGAUACCUUGCAAACAUGGUCUGAGGGUGAUUUACAACCAGAGACUUCAAGCAACUGAUUAUGUUUCUUCAUAUUUCAAGGGGGCUGCAUAUAAAAUGACUUAUGGAGACCAUAUCCACCCUAUGUCAGAUCCUACUCACUGGACAGGGUUUGAUGUCCUAGAAAUUGCUCUUUCUACAGUCAAAAGAAGUGCAGGGAGACCAGCAAAGCAAAGAAGGAGGGGCCCUAAUGAAGCUAAGAAGGGUAAAAGGCACAAGAACAACAAGUGCAACCUAUGCAAGGAAUUGGGGCACAAUGCAUUAACCUGCAAAGCAAGGAAAGAAGCUGCAAAAAAGAAACAACAAGCUGCCAACACAUCAAAGCAAGCUAAAGGAAGGGGGAGGAAUAGAAAGGCUGACACUCAAGCUCCUUGA